CCAGCCAAGCAGCUGGCUGGGAGGGCUUCCACCACCGUCCAGCGACUGCCGCAGCGCAGCUGGGAAGAAAGGGGAAGGGAGAGGCCGCCGGCUCCGGAUCGACCACCGGGUCCAAGCACAGCCUCAGAGGGAUCGAUGGCUACUCGGUCCUGCUUGUGAGGCACGCGGCGCGGUGGCGCCUUUGGAAGUGCCGCGAAGCCAGCAUGUGGACUGGCCAGGCCCAUAUUGAGGAGGCCAGGCAACAGCUCCAAAAGCAACCAGUGGUGGGACAAUGGAAGCCUCUUGCAACAACUAACAGAGGGCAAGAGUUACAGCUGCCAGAGCCUUCUGUCAAGAGCCUGGCAGGUGGGGAUGAGAACCAGUCGGUGGCACAUCUGAAUGUCUCCCGCUUACGCAGCUCCUCGGUAGAAAUCCGUGAGAAGGGCUCUGAAUUCCUAAAAGAGGAGCUCCAUAGAGCUCAGAAGGAGUUAAAGUUGAAGGAUGAAGAAUGUGAGAGACUUUCCAAAGUCAGGGAGCAGCUGGAGCAGGAACUGGAGGAGCUGACAGCUAGCUUGUUUGAGGAAGCCCACAAGAUGGUUCGGGAAGCAAACACCAAGCAAGCGGCAUCGGAGAAGCAGUUGAGGGAGGCGCAAGGGAAGAUUGACAUGCUGCAAGCAGAAGUGACAGCCUUGAAGACGCUGGUGAUAACGUCAACUCCUUCCUCUCCAAAUCGGGAGUUGCACCCACAGCUUCAGAGCCCCACCAAAACAGCCUUCAGAAAGGGACAUGGACGCAACAAGAGCACCAGCAGCACUGGUGCAAUCACAGUUGCUGGCCAGAGUGUGCCCCAGGAGCCAGUCAACAGCGAAUUCAAAGAGUCUGGGGUACCCACUCUCCUCUCCCUGCUGCUCUGUAUCGUCCCCGCGAAGGCGAUCCACAUCACCUAUGAGCCAGGCUGGCGGUUCCUGGCAGCAGACUCUCCUUUCUCCUCUCCUCUCUCGCGGCAGGUGGAUUCCAUCUUGUUUGCAGAAUUCCAGGCUUGGAAGGAGUCUCCAACGUUGGAUAAAUCGUGUUCUUUUCUCAAGAGGAUUUACCAUGAAGAUGUAGGCCCUUGCCUGGACUUCACCAAGCAUGAACUUUCAGAGCUGGUCCAGGCAGCUGUGGAGCAGAACACCCUUACCAUUGAACCAGUGGCUACCCAGGCAUUGCCUGUAGUGAAGGUGUCAGCCAUUGAAUGUGGUGGGCCAAAUGGGUUCCAGUCCCAAAUUAUAACGAAAUGUGCUCUCAGUGGCCUGUCCCGAGCCUGCAAGCAUCGCAUCAAACUGGGGGACUCUGGGAAUUAUUACUACAUUUCCCCUUCCUGCAGGGCCAGGAUUACAGCUGUCUGCAACUUCUUCACUUACAUCCGGUACAUCCAGCAGGGACUGGUGAGACAAGAUGUGGAAUUGAUGUAUUGGGAAGUCAUGAGGCUCCGGAAGGAAAUGUCCAUUGCCAAACUGGGCUUCUAUCCCAGCGAGAUGUAAAUGGAAAAUGGUGAUCAGGAAGGAUAUUUUCCUACAGUUAUUCUGUGGACACUCAGAAAAUUGACAGCAGAAUGUCUGCUCAUAUUCAAGAUGGCGCAAUAUUAAUUGAAAAUGUAAGAAGCAUGGGCCUUCCCUGUUGAGUGACUGCCUCAGCUUCCUGAGAGCACCUACUCCAGGCAUGUUUACCUAGUGAAUAUGAGCUCUCUGGCGCUAUGGAGUGAGGCCAUGUUGGGACUCCUUCCUUUUUUUCUUGCAUUCCACCUCAGCCAGUAUAUAACAUUCUACAUAAAAGCCACUAUAUAUACAGUAUAUAUACAUAUAAAUAUAUGAAAAAUAUUCUUGAGGCCUCGGCUGGACCUUGGGCUCAUUACUUGCUUGCUACUCUGAAAUCUAAAUGCUGUUGGUCAUUGCUGCAUAAUGGAUAGAAAGACUAAACUCUGCUGCUCCAGCUUUCCAAAGGCCUGCACCCACUGAAAACAGCCUUCCUUGAGAGCUGCUAGGUGCAGACACCUCCAGUAUUUCUUAGGUAACCAGGAAAGGCAUAAAUAAUGCUUUUGAUUCUGGUUGUAGCUCAGGGUUUGCCUUUGGGGGAAUCCAUGGACCCUAUGCCAUGCUCUGAAGGCUGGCAUUAAUUCUAGGCCACUCCUUUUGAUCAAAACCCCAGUCAUGAUGGAAAGAUGGGGAAACAGCCAAAUGGAUAGCAACUGAUAACUAUGGACUUCUUUUUCAUGUCAUAGACAUUCUAGGAACAGCUCUUCCCACCUGAAAUUGUUCCUCCCCAAGGCUUCUCUGACUGCUCUGUUGCAUUCAGCAUGCUAGUCAUAGAUCCAUUGCCAUAAUCUUCCUUAGCCCACAAUUCAGCUGCACUGCUGGUUCUCAUGAGAGGCUUGCAUCUGGCUAAGUAUUUUCUAAACUUAAGCAUUCUUUUUUUUUGCUUUAUUCACAUCCAAACAAAGAUUGACCUCAGAUACUGAAUUUUCUAGCAAGUUAUUAGAAGUUACACGAAUUCUGCAUUUUUUAAAAAGUGGGGGUUAUUUGGAUUUAAUUGAUAAAACUUCAGUUUUGGUCCUAUAGUAUUGGUGAGGAUCUCUCUUUUUGUUGUACUUCAGAAUAUAAUCAGACUUGAUGUGGAAUUUUUAAAUCAAAGAUCUAGAUGACCUGUUGGAUUUUAACAAAAUGAAAACCCCUCUCCACUUUCAAGUUAAAGAAAGAACCAGCUUUCCCUUUUGGAUAUUGUUUUGAGACUUCUGAGAUGAGAACAACUGAUACUGGCUUCCUAGAAGUCAUAUAAUUGGUAGCCAUUUGGUAGCCAUUUCCUCCUACGUUCAGACAGAGCAGUCUAGUUGGUGGUUACUCAUUGUGGAAGGUACCUGCUAUUUCAUCUUCCGUCCAUGAAUAAUGGCAAUGAAAAUCGGGUUUUGUUGGUAAUCCAUGAAUUUAUGAAAGCCUCUAUAACCAGAGGCUCCUGCUAGAAUGAAUUAGCAGAUCAUUUCAGCUUGUGUUACUGAGUAAGUGCUCCACUGGUUCCCUUGGGCAAAUAUCUCUGUUUGGCAGCAGACUUUUGCACACAUUGUGGCUUCCUUUUGCCUUCUGAUGUUUGCACCCUCUUCCUGGGUCUGUGUGGACUUUACCAGACUUCUAACUCUACCAUCACAACAGGAGGAAGCCAGGACAUGGCACAAAGGGUAGAGGCUAUCAGUUGAUCAUUUGUGGGUUGUGGGGAUUCCGUUCUGAAUGAGAUUUGAAGCCACAUCUGACAGUGCUGCCUGUAAUCUCUGAAUUGGGCCCUAUUGUUACUGUGGGGAAGUAGUAUUUUCUUUGGUUUGCCUUAAAUUAGUAGCUUGACUUCGCUAUGUGUUUAUGAACAAUGAAGUAAGUGCUCUUGGGUUUUCCUGGAAGUUGCUGACUUGGGGGUGUUUGAUAGUGUUGCAUAUCGGUGGCUACCUUUUGGCCCCAGUUGUUGGAGUGGAACUGAAGAUUCCCUGCUGCUUUGUUGUUAACUAUCCGCUGGCCACUAUCCUAACCAUUUAUAGUACCACCUGAGGGCUAAAGAUUGUAUACGCUCAUGCAGCAAAUAGAAACUCUUCUCCUGAAGGAUGUAUUUGGGGACUAUGCUGUUGAAAUUAUGUAACCAGGAGAACAAGUAAUAAUGCUCCCUUUUCCUGCUGUAAGAUUGCUGUAUAUAAUAGGACAGCUGUACCCAUAUGGGAGAAUACGUCAGAGUUUUAGAAUUGCUUCUUUUACAGCAGAGACUGCUGCCUUUCUCAUAUCUCCCAGGCAUCUAAAAUGAUGACUUGAACUAUGCAAGUGUAUGAAGAACAAUCUUUUGGGCCAGGGAAGCAGUUACUCAUGUAGCAUCUUGCAAAGACCUCAUAAUGAAAUUGGCAAAGGAAGCCUUAAAUCUGUUUAUAUUCAGUGGUGAGCAUGUAUCUGAUUACUUUUCUAUUGAGCUGAAAUCAGAUGUGAACUUGCUUCUGGCAACAUUUGCUUUGAGAGCAUUGACUUUCACAACUUUGCCUGCAGGGUGGUACAGGAAUUGACCCAUUAAGCAUGCACCCCAAAGCAUUCUGGUGGCUUAUAUUGAAUUGGCCUCCCCCAGCUUGGUAUUCUCUUGAUGUGUUAACUGAGAACUCUAGCCCAACCCACCUAGAAGGCAGCAAGAUGAUGGAGGGUAUGCUAAGGCACUGUGAUAGCAGCAAAUGAUUAAUUGUGGUGAAGGACAACUACAGGGGUUUCCAGUUCAACAGCUGGUCCUUGUAGAAAUGGUGACUCCCAUACAAGAAUGUUCAGUUUGUUCAUUGAAAGGGGGUUUAGCAUUGUUUUGAGUACAAAAUUAACUUGCGAAGAAGUGUAUCCUCUGAAAUCUUACAUCUGCAGAAUAGGUACUUCUCACACCAAAUUCAUUGCACAGGCCCCCAGUUUAUUUCACACUGGCUGGAGGUUUUGUAUUGUAAUUAUUUACUUAUUAAUACCUGGUCCUGUAGGAGAUGAAGGAAAUGAUUCAAUCAAGAUGGCUUUGCUAGCUGGAUCAUCUGCAGCUACUUUUCCCAAGUUACAAGAAGCACAUUGGUUGCCUGAAAAGAAAAAAAAGCUCUUCCAUAUUACAGGCAGCUUUGAAUCUUUUCUCCUGGUUGCAUUACUAUCUCUUCCUUACUUGUAUGUUCCUAUUCUAAUAGCAUAUGCUGAUUUCUAUUUAAUAAAUAGACUCCAGUGCUGACAUGAAGCUGGUUCUUAUUGCCUCUGGUCUGAUUUCUUUUGAAGUCUGCAUGUAUUCCAGUGAUAAAAUAAACAAGGCAUUACAAGCAGAA